AUGGAAGGCCAAUGCCAAUGCGGCGCGAUCCGGUUCACGACGACCGUCGCUCGACCGCUGAAGGUGUACGUGUGCCACUGCCUGGAGUGCCGACGGCAGAGUGCAUCUUCUUAUGGCAUCUCUGCGAUCUUCCCGGUCUUCGAGCCGUCGUCUACCAGCGACCAGGGAUGGAACGACACUGACAAGAUCGGCGUCUACAAGCACAUCACACCCAAAGGUCGCACCAAGAGCUGCUACUUUUGCAAGAACUGCGGGACUAGAAUUAUGCAUAUUCACGAAGGCGCCAAAGCUUGUGCCGUCAAGGCGGGCUGUUUGGAGGGUAUUGAUGGUGGCAUGGUCAAGGGAGCAACGCAUAUCUGGACCAGUAGGGCCCUCAUGCCGGUGCCAGAAGGGAACGAGGCGUUUGAAGAGGACCCGCCUUCGUGA